AUGGUGAUGUACAUCAUGGAUGGCGAUAUAGAUGACAGUGAUGUAGAUGAUGACGAUGUAGAUGUUGAUGCUGGAGAUGUAGAUGAUGGUGAUGUAGAUAAUAGCGAUGUUGAUUAUGGUGAUGUUGAUGAUGACGAUGUAAAUGAUGGUAAUGUAGAUGACGGUGCUGUAGAUGAUGGUGCUGCAAUUAUGGUGAUAAAUAAUGGUAAUGUAAAUGAUGGCGAUGUAGAUGAUGGUCACGUAGAUGAUGGUGGCGUAGAUGAUGACAAUGUAGAUGAUGGUGACGUAGAUGAUGGUGGCGUAGUUGAUGGCAAUAUUAUGGUGAUGUGGAUGGUUUGCGAUGUAAAUGAUGGUGAUGUAUAUGGUGGUGAUGAAGAUGAUGCCGAUGUAUUUGGUGAUGUAGAUGAUGGCGAAGUAGAUGAUGUAGAUGCUGGCGAUGUAGAUGAUGGUUAUGUAGACCAUGGCCAUGUAGAUGUAGAUGAUGUAGAUGAUGUAGAUGAUGGUGCUGUGGAUGAUGGUGACGUAGAUGAUGUAAGUGAUGGCGAUAUAGAUGUAGAUGAUGGUGAUGUAGAUAAUGAUGAUGGUGAUGUACAUCAUGGCGAUAUAGAUGACAGUGAUGUAGAUGAUGAUGUAGAUGUUGAUGAUGGAGAUGUAGAUGACGGUGAUAAAGAUAAUAGCGAUGUAGAUUAUGGUGAUGUUGAUGAUGACGAUGUAAAUGAUGGUAAUGUAGAUGACAGUGCUGUAGAUGGCGAUAUAGAUGUAGAUGAUGGUGAUGUAGAUAAUGGUGCUGCAAUUAUGGUGAUGUAG